AAUGGCAGCUGGCCAUCAUACAUAUUGGUAUUUCACAACAAUGGCUGUGCAUGGUGGGUUAAAGUCAUUAUGAAAGGGCCUCUGCCAGAAUCAAUCACGGAACUGGAAUAUUUAAAGCGCGGGUCGACAUUUCGGAAAUUUAUUGAAGCAAUCAAUUUUACUCGAUUGCAACUUUUGGAUAAUACAUACUUCGUCAAGCCUUGUUUUGACCUAUUCAAAAACUUUUACGUUGCUGUUGCCCAUAAAAUGCACUGCAAUAUCAUGGAAGACCCAGGGAGAGUUAUCUCCCUGACUAUCGAUCAACGUCACUUGCAUGUUCAAGAUUUACGAACUUUUGAUGCAAGUUGCCUGCAAAAAACUAAGUUCGUUGCUCCUACUGUGUCUACUGUCACAUUUGAGCAACAAAAAUUUGCGUACAAAACAAUUGACCCCUCCGUUUACGAGCCUGGAGACACACAAAACAUAUUGUAUGAGAUUGAUGCCCUCUCACAGCUCCGUGGACAUUCAGAUAUUGCUCAACUGUUGGGCGUGGUUGUUUCAGAAAACCCAUACAAAACCAACCCAUCAAAUGAGAUAUCAAUAGUUAUCACAGGAUUCUUACUUGAAUACUAA